AUGUUUCGUCUGAGCAUUCUGAUCGCCAUCGGCUUGGCCACUUCGGCUCUCGGGUGGAUUAAGGUUCCCGAUAACUAUCCUGGACGCAUCGUUGGAGGUCAAGAUGCGGCACCGAACCAGUUUCCGUAUCAAGCGUCUUUAAGGGAUGCUAACAUGGGUCAUUUCUGUGGCGGCACGAUCAUCAACAACUGUUAUAUCUUGUCGGCGGCUCACUGUGACGUGGACGCAACAAGGAGCAAAUUUGUAGUGGUUGGUUCCAUUUUCUUAAACAAUGGAGGUGUUACACACGAAGUGGUUCGGAUCACCAACCAUCCAAAUUACAAUAACGAUACUUAUGAGCAUGAUAUCAAUCUAUUGAAAGUGAGCCCUUACAUCACUUAUAACGCGGCAGUGCAACCGAUGCCAAUCGCAGCUCAUUAUGCUGAAAGUGGUCCGGCUGUUGUUUCUGGGUGGGGCGACCUUGAGGUAAAGAUAAAUGAAGAAUGCUACGAUGCCUGGUCCGAUGUCACACAAACUUUAACAGUAUUCACCAGUACCAUAUGCACCACCAAUCCGGAAGGUCAAGGAGCUUGUCAAGGAGAUUCAGGUGGCCCACUGGUGCACAACGGAGGACUACAUGGGGUAGCCUCAUGGGUUGCGUUACCCUGUGGAUUCCCACGUCCUGACGUUUUCACUCGGGUUGCUUCCUAUGUCACCUGGAUACUUGCGAAUGCUGUUUAG